AUGCCAUCGCAGCGUCCGAGCGACACGCGUCGCCGCAUCGCCCUCUCCGACGCCAAGAAGCCGGCCGCGCAGCACGCAGACAACCAGGACCUCGUCGACGCCUUCUGGGUCCUCGCGGACGCCACCUUCAAGGCGGAGCCGGAAAACGCCGGCACCAAGGGCUCGGCUUACCGCAAGGCGGCGCAGGCGUUUGCUGCCUGCCCGUUUACCGUCACUGAUUCAUCGGUCGACCUCAAGAAGAAGAAGCUGCCCAACGUCGGCAAGGCGUCGGUGGAGAAGAUGGCAGCCUUCCGGGCGACUGGCUCUAUCCCCAAGCUGAUCGCGGUAACAUACGGACGGAGCUAA